AUGGGAAAUGCAAAAUCAAUUGCAAACUCAAUAAUAUUCCCAGCCCCUCAAGCCUCGUACGAUCACAACCUUCCUGAAUUAGUAUGGAUACCAAAGAAUUUCGCAUCAAAAGAUUUAAAUAUCGAUAAACCGUCCUCGAGAUCCUUCCCAGUGUUGUUUAUACGAUCAAUAAAACCGUCUAGCCUGUUCUUUAUAUACCUACACGGACUCAUUAAGCCGGAACUGUACGAUAUAUCAGAAGCUUUAGGAGCAUCAAUAGUAGCAGUUGAGUACCCAGGAUAUGGAAUAUCACCAGAGAUACAAGUGACAACAGGACCCUCGGUGAAUUUGAGGGUCAUCGCCACAUUCCAUUUCCUACUUUCACUGGGUGUGCAUCCCAGCUCCAUCGUCUUUUUCGGGAGAUCUAUAGGAACGGGACCGGCAGCAUGCAUUGCGGCACAUUUCGUUAAAAAGGGAAUUAAAUGCGGAGGAGUGAUACUACAAGCACCGUACAUUUCGAUCCAUAAGAUCGUUCAGGAGUACUUUCCGCUCGGGUCGUGGCUAAUUGAUAAUUUCUGGGACCUCGAACAAGCAUUGAAGGAUAUGUCACCAUCAGUGCCACUCCUCAUAAUACACGGACUACUGGAUGAGAUAGUUCCAGUAUCCCACGGACAGAGACUCUACGACUCGUACGAAUCUGAGAAUAAAAUGGCAGACUUCCAACCCAACUCGAAACACAACUACUACUCAAUUAAUGAAGACUUAAUUGUUCCAAUAAGGAAGUUCCUGAACAAGUUUAACAUCUCAACAUAUAAUCCACCAGUUGAAAUAAACCUACCGAGUUGGUGCCUGACGAAAUCUAAGAACGUCUUGAGAAGGAGAAAGUCAAACAACACUGAUAAAUCCUACAAGAGCGCCAUUGAUUCCAUGAGAUCUUUGAGUAUUUUUCAUUUUUGUUCAUUUUCUUUUAGCUCUCAGCUCCUCGAGGACUAG